AUGAAACGGUGGACCGAUGGCCGCUCGUGGUCCGCCUCCCGUGUCUCAGGCUCCUUCUUGAUCUACAGAGAAAUGGAGAGCAGCAACGGCGGCACCUCCUCUGGCUCCAGAGACUCCACCACCUACCGCUACAAAAACGAGGGCUUCAUCAAGCAGAGCUUUUCGUUAACCACCAGAAUGGGCGAUAAAUUCCACUUGAUUGCCUAUACCAACAUGCACAAUUUGACCCGCGCUCAUUCCCGCGACAUCACCCGCGCCAGCGGCUUGAUCUCACCGCUGCAGGACGACCGCUUCGGCCGGUUGCAAUUGUCGCCAGACGUCUACCCGGAAAGCAUCUUGAAC